AUGGAGGCGCCACCAGAAUUUCUGGAUGGCGACAACUUGAUGGACAACGUCUGCUCGGCUACCCCUGAUGUUGACGUUGCAUUGCCGGAGAAAAGCGUCAGCAUCGGUGAAGAAAGCACACAGGCGCCGUUACGGAGUCGAACGCUAGAGUGGAUGUGGCCUCAGGGGAACGAGGAAGCGUCACCUGAUCUUUCCACGUCAGAGACCGCUUAUCUAGAAGAGACUGUUAUGCCAUCCCUACUUCCAGCUCUAGAGCAGCUUGUCGUGGACGCGUACAAGCAACACGUCCUGGUUCGUGCCGCCGCUAAGCAACGCUUGCUAGAUGCACAAGUCGCAGCAGCUGCUGGAGAGCCUCCGGAAAAGCUUCAGCUCCCUCCAGCAAACGAGCCAGGAGACUGUCAAAGUGACGAUGUCUCCAAGCAGGCUUCUUCCGAGCAAGAAGGACACGACGAGAUCCUCUUGUGCGACGGUUGCGACGUGGCAGUCCAUCAAACGUGCUAUUACGUGGAAACUGUCCCGAAAGCAGACUGGUACUGCCAGUACUGCGAAGACAGAAACCAAGCGCAGGCGAAUGUGACGAAACUCCGGCGACUCGCCAAGUCCUCUGGAAAGACCGACAAGCAAGUCGAAGCAACUUUUCGAACGGAACUGGAUCGAAUGGCCAGCGCGAAAGAGCCGUUUUGCGUCUUGCCGAAACGCUGCCCUCUAUGUCCUCGGAGCUUCGGUGCCCACGUUCGUUGUGGCGAAGAUUUCCGCAUGUGGGUGCACGUGAACUGCGCGGUCUGGGUCCCCGAGACGUGGAUCGUCGGCGUCGACUACGCAGGAGGUCUCGAAGACAUUCCCGCGUGGCGCUGCGAGACCAUCUGCGACAUUUGCGGAGUGGACGAAGGCGCCGUGAUCAAAUGCUCCGUCGGCAACUGCCCUGCCGCCUUCCACCCCAUCUGCGCAAUCAUUGCUGGCUACGGCAUGAAUCUCACAGGGCAGAUUGACUACGAGAGGAAGAACGACACGACAUUCCAUGCCUUCUGUUUGCGCCAUCGAGGCUACACCUUCCGAGAGUCCGUCGAUGCGGAAGAACCCGUGGAGUACCUCUUUAAGCACCCAGAUGCUGAUCACCCCUUCCUUCGGGCGACGAAUCUCGUCCGCCGAAAUCGAGACAUUAUCUUUUUUGCCAAGCAAUGCCACGCAGAGAACUCGACGUGGGGCGUGCGCCUCGGCGCCUACCUGAUUAAGGAACUGAAUGAAAAUAUCGUUGCGCUCCGAGCUCUCUGGAAGCGCAUCGAAGACCUCAGUGCCCCUCGUUCACUACCCUGUUCUGCCUCCUCCAGUGUCCCUCCAGAAAGCAAAGCGGCCUCUGUUGUGUUGGGGAAUCUUGGCGAAGAAGCGAAUGCAGAGGGGGAUGCCCAGAUGCAGGAUGGGUCUACGAAAUGA